UGAACCAAUGGUGGAGUAUCAUGAACCAACGAUGGAUCAGUCUCCUAUAAUUGUCUUGAUACCUUAAUUUUAGAGAUUAUUUGCUUGCAUACAUACAUAAGUUUCUCGUCAAGAACACAAAAGAAAGAAAGAAAUCUUGUCUUUCUGCUCUCUCUCUCUCUCUCUCUCUUUUCUCCCCUGCAACACACGCAUCGUCAAGAAAUGGCUCCAAGAAGAGAAAAUAUAGUGAUGUUUCCGUUCAUGGCACAAGGGCAUAUCAUCCCUUUCCUGGCAUUAGCCUUUCAUAUCGAGCAAACAAAAAAGUACAAGAUAACCUUUGUUAACACACCUCUUAACAUCAAGAAACUGAAAUCAUCUCUCCCUCCCAAUUCUUCAAUUCGUCUUCUUGAGAUUCCUUUCGAUAGCUGCGAUCAUGGUCUCCCUCCAAACACUGAAAACACAGAUGUCCUUUCUUACCCUCGCAUCAUUCAACUUCUCCAUGCCUCCACUUCUCUUGAGCCCGCAUUCAAGAAACUCAUUCUUGAUAUCACAAAUGAGCAAGAAGGUGAGCCUCCACUUUGUAUCAUUGCUGAUAUAUUCUUUGGAUGGACAGCUACUGUUGCUAAGGAACUUGGUGUUUUUCAUGCUAUUUUUAGUGGUGCUGGUGGGUUUGGUCUGGCCGUUUAUUACUCUGUAUGGUCAAGUCUUCCUCACAGGAAUGCAAAAUCUGAUGAGUUUGAGUUGCAAGAUUUUCAAGAAGUUUCAAAACUUCAUUUAACCCAAUUGCCUUUGAGUAUUUUAGAGGCAGAUGGGACGGAUUCUUGGUCAGUUUUUCAAAGAAAGAAUCUAUCGGCAUGGUUUGAUUCUAAUGGCAUUUUGUUUAAUACAGUACAGGAGUUUGAUCAUGUUGGUUUAUCGUAUUUUAGGCGAAAAUUAGGUCGGCCAGCAUGGGCAGUAGGUCCAGUUCUGCUAUCGAUGGAAAACAGAAAUCGUGGUGGGAAAGAAGCCGGAAUUUCACCAGAUCUUUGCAAGGAAUGGCUAGAUAAUAAGCCUGUAAGUUCAGUUCUAUAUGUUUCAUUUGGGUCACACAAUACAAUCUCUCCGUCACAAAUGAUGCAAUUAGCUUUGGGAUUAGAAGCCAGUGGCAGAAACUUUAUCUGGGUUGUUAGGCCACCAAUAGGAUUUGACAUAAACUCAGAAUUCAGAGUCAAAGAAUGGUUGCCUGAAGGAUUUGAAGAAAGAAUCAAAGAAUCAGGAAAAGGGUUAUUAGUGCAUAAAUGGGCAUCACAGGUUGAAAUUUUGUCUCAUAAGUCUACAUGUGCAUUCUUGAGUCAUUGUGGAUGGAAUUCUGUGCUAGAAUCAUUGAACAAUGGAGUACCAUUGAUUGGAUGGGCAAUGGCAGGCGAGCAAUUUUUCAAUGUCAAAUUUCUGGAAGAAGAAUUAGGGGUAUGUGUGGAAGUAGCUAGAGGGAAGACUUGUGAAGUUAGGUAUGAAGACAUAAAGGACAAAAUUGAAUUGGUUAUGAGUGAGACAGGGAAAGGAGAGGAAAUAAAGAGGAAGGCUCUUGAAGUUAAGGAAAUGAUAAAAAAUGCCAUGAAAGAAGAGAAUGGAAUCAAGGGUUCUUCUUUAAAAGCAUUGGAAGAUUUUUUCCAAGCUGCGAUGUCAAUAGGAGAGAAGACGGAUAAGAAUUUUACUUAUUAAUGGUAUCAUUUUAUUAUCUCUCUAUUCUCAGCCUUCUCUUUUGACGUUAGUUCUAAUUACUUAAGAAAAUACAAUAUCAGGGUAGAAUUAGUCCUUUUGGAGGAUUUGAAAGCAAAGCAAGCAAAUAAGGAUGUUCCGUAGAUAUUGGCUAUUCCUUUUUAUGAUUUCACAUUUUGUUUGAAAUUGUUUUCCUCCUUUUGUAUGAGAAUUGGUAACUCUGUUGUUUGUAAAUGUGCUCUGGUUGUGUCCUACAAUUUGUAUGUAUAGCUUUGUCGUUGACAAAAAGGCCAAGACAGGGAUCCACCUAACGCACGUUGUGGCGGCAAUCAAGUUUGUCCCGAGUAUGCUUUUCCUUUUUUCUUUCUUUCAAAAAACAAAACAAAAAGAAUUGCUUCUUUACAUUUGAGAAGUGGGAGCAUUUAGAAAAAUAGAAGAUAUUCUUUUACUUU